AUGUCUACUCGUGAAACAUAUGAUACUUAUUUGGAGGAAAUGAUGGCCAAAACGCUAGGAAUUACGGUGACACGAGAAUCAUGGAAAAGAAUGUCCCCAUUUGAACGGUAUCAAACGGUGGCAGAUAGCAUGCCUGAGCAAGAGGUCCAACGACUUUUGGCUAACGUCAGUGGACGAUAUUUUUCAAUUCCGAUGGGAGUAGACGUUGGUAAACCGGAGACCAUCGUCCGAAAGAGAUCCCAUAAAUGUGACGACCAUUUCCCCGAUGCUAACAGGGGUACUGUUCUCCAGAUAAUCUUUAGCUUAAGAGUUCAACUCAUUUCUUGA